AUGUUCAUCAAGCUUGUGACUCGCGGCAACAGCAGCGACGAUAGUUCACUAUCCCCGGCAAUGAUUGAUCUAUUGAUCUCUCUCUUGAUUCUCAUUCUACUCGGCAUUGCAUUAGUCGCUACUCUUCUUGUUCUGCGACGAAAGCGCCAAAAUCAGAUGAACUCCGAACUCCCAGUUCAUAACGGGCAGUGCUCGCCCAACCAUCGUCGUCUCACGAUCUCCGCAUCUUCAAACACGAGGACACAGUCUAUUUUGGUGUACGACGAGAAGCGCAGCUUGAUGGAGAACUCGUCAAGCCCCCCACCCAGUCCGGUCCCUGAAAUCCGCAUUACGUUCCCCGAGGAGGAAGACGAGUCUGGAAAGCGCAAGUCCGGCCGUGUUGUAGUGGUGAGAAUUAGUGAUGCCGGCGCCGUCGGGUUGGAACCAUGCAAUGAAGAGCUUCCACCUUAUCAGUCCAGCGACGCGGAACGUUUCCAAUCCUUGGACAUUGAACGCAUGGGCGGCCUCAAGGAGAAAGAGGAUAUGAAAAGAUGGUCUUAA